CCCCCGCGGCCGCGCCUCCUCUGCGCUGGGGCUCUGAGCCGCCGUGCCGCCCCCAUGAGCACGCCCGGGCGCCCCUGCGCGAAGCGCUGAGCCGCUGCCGCGACCCGAGCACCGGCCGCCGCCAUGCGCUGGGCCUGGGCCGCGGCCAUGGGCCUCCUCUGGCCGCAGCUCGCGCUCCUCGGGGCCGUCGGGGCGCGGCGGGAGCAGAAGAGGCCGCGGCAGCCGGGCCCGCGCGCGGAACCCCGCAACGCCACCGUGGCCAACAGCGAGGGGCUGCCCGGCUCCCCCAAGCUGCCUGAGGCCUCGGGGCCCGAGUUCUCAGAUGCCCACAUGACGUGGCUGAACUUUGUCCGGCGGCCGGAUGACGGGGCCUUGAAGAAACGGUGCCGAGGCCGGGACAAGAAGUCGCGAGGCCUCUCCGGCCCCCCCGGCCCUCCCGGCCCCCCGGGACCCCCUGGGCCCGCUGGUGCGGAAGUCACGCGGGAGGUUCUGCUGCAGGAGUUUCAGGAGAUGCUGAGAGAGGCCACCGAGCGUCGGUUCUCGGGGGCUUGGGGCUCGCUGCUGCCUGAGGGGCCGGGCGGGCGGCUGGUGGCCGAGGCCUUUCACUGCCGGCUGCGGGGCCCGGUGCCGGUGGACAAGAAGACGCUGGUGGAGCUGCAGGGCUUCCAGGCCCCCACUGCCCAGGGCGCCUUCCUGCGGGGCUCGGGCCUGAGCCUGGCCUCCGGCCGAUUCACAGCCCCGGUUGCCGCCAUCUUCCAGUUCUCGGCCAGCCUGCACCUGGACCGCAGGGGCCUGCAGGGCCGGGCCCGAGCCCGGGACUCAGUGCGGGUGCUCAUCUGCAUCGAGAGCCUGUGCCAUCGCCACACGUCGCUGGAAGCCGUCUCGGGCCUGGAAGGCAGCGGCAGGGUCUUCACGGUGCUGGUUCACGGGCUGCUUCAGCUGCAGGCCGGACAGUACGCCUCCGUCUUCGUGGACAAUGGCUCCGGGGCGCCCCUCACCGUCCAGAGCGGCUCCAGCUUCUCCGGCCUCCUCCUGGGCACGUGAGGCCACGGCCAGCCCCAGGGGAGCUGCGUCGGGAGGCCCCUCGGGGCCAUGGGAGCUACCGGUGACCCAUCCGCUCUGCCCUCUGUUCAAAGUGUGGUCACACAAUAAAGAGUC